AUGAAAUUAGACACGUCACAUAUGAGAUAUCUUACACCGGAUGAUUUCCGUGUGCUAACAGCAGUUGAAAUGGGAUCCCGUAACCAUGAAGUUGUUCCAACGCAAUUAAUUCAUCAAAUUGGUGGAUUAAGAUCAAUCAGUGGUACAAAUAGAUGUAUUUCAGAUCUUGCUAAAUUGAAAUUGAUUCAAAAAUUAAGAAAUGCCAAAUAUGAUGGGUAUAGAAUAUCAUUUACUGGUUAUGAUUAUUUAGCUUUAAAAUCAAUGUUGAAUAGAGGUACUAUUUAUUCAUUAGGUACUACAAUUGGUGUUGGUAAAGAAUCUGAUAUUUAUUCUGCUGUUGAUAAAACAAAUCAUAAAAAAGUUUUAAAAAUUCAUCGUCUUGGUAGAACUUCAUUUAAAACAAUUAAAAAUAAUCGUGAUUAUUUAAGAAAUAAAUCAUCUGGUAGUUGGAGUUAUUUAUCAAGUUUAGCUGCUAAUAAAGAAUAUCAAUUUAUGAGUACGUUAUUUACUCAUGGGUUUUCGGUUCCAGAACCAUAUGAUUACUCACGUCAUUCUGUCUUGAUGCAAUGGAUUGAUGGAUUCCCAAUGAGAUCUUUAAGAAAACAUUCAAACAAAGAGAAAUUAUAUUCAGAUUUAAUGAAAUUUAUUGUUAAAUUGGCAAAUAAUGGGUUAAUUCAUUGUGAUUUUAAUGAAUUUAAUAUUAUUAUAAUUAAUGAAGAUGCAUUAGAUAAAUAUCAAGAUAAUUUUAUUGUUAUUGAUUUCCCACAAUGUAUUUCAAUUGAACAUCAAGAUGCAGAAUUUUAUUUUAAAAGAGAUGUUGAUUGUAUUAGAAGAUUUUUCAAGAAAAAGCUAAAUUAUGAUCCAGAAACUGAUUCCACAAUGGUUGAUACCGAUGGUUAUGGUGAAGGUUAUAAAUAUUUAUAUCCAGAUUUCAAAAGAGAUGUUAAAAGAAUCGCUGAAUUAGAUGUUGCAGUUGAAGCUUCAGGUUUUAGUAAAAAGAAAUCUAAAGAUAAAGAUUAUGAACAAGCUGUUGAAAGUAUGAGAAGUGGUGAUGUUGAAGAUGAGGCAGAAGAUGAAAUAGCAGACGAAGAUGAAGAUGAAGAAGAUGAUUACUCAGAAGGUGAUUAUGAAGAUUAUGAUGACGAUGAAUAUACAAGUGAAGAAGAUAGUGAAGCUGAAGAUUCAGAAAAUGAAAGAAUUAUUGAUGCUUUGCAAAAUGGUGUCGAAAAUCUUAAAAUGGAUAAAUUGGGUAAUUAUAUAAUAGAAGAAUAA